GCAAACACACACACACACCAACAUAGAUAACUUGUCCAUUUCUCCCAGGUCGGAGGUGGGAGCUGAGCAGUAAUAUAGAUUGCAUGUUCUUUCGAGUCAAUUAAUAUUUAUUAUAUUGUCAUAGAUUAAUGCUAAAGGGAGUACAACACUAGGAAAUUAAGAUGGGGAGAGCUCCUUGUUGCGAUAAGUCCAAGGUGAAGAAAGGCCCAUGGUCACCUGAAGAAGAUGCAAAGCUCAAAGACUUCAUUGACAAGAACGGAACUGGUGGAAAUUGGAUUGCUCUUCCUCAAAAAGCUGGACUAAAGCGAUGUGGGAAGAGCUGCAGAUUGAGAUGGCUGAACUAUCUGAGGCCAAACAUCAAGCAUGGAGAAUUCUCUGAGGAGGAAGAUAGGGUGAUUUGCAGCUUGUAUGCUACCAUUGGAAGCAGGUGGUCAAUAAUAGCAGCUCAAUUACCAGGAAGAACUGAUAAUGAUAUCAAGAACUACUGGAACACCAAGCUGAAGAAGAAGCUCAUGUCAAUGAUGCUCCUCCCUCCUUCUUCUUCUUCCUCUUCUUCUUCUUCAAAACACAGAUCAGUCAUAUCAUCAUCCAUGUCGCCGCUGUUUUCUGCAGCCCCGACUGCGCCUUCUGUUCUUCUUCCCACACAACCUCAACAACAAUUCUCGUUUUACACCCCACACAGGUCAUUUUCUGGGCUCGAAUCCCCGGCCUCUCUCCACCACCCGGAUUUUGGGCCGGGGUAUGAUCACUGUAACAAGUCUUCCUAUUCUUCUUUCAACUUUCAAAUCAACCAUCAAGACCACCAGGGCUUGCUCAACCCUGCUGCACUAAUGCAGCAAUAUCAUCACCACCAAGCAGGUAUGAAUAAGGGUAAUCAUAAUUUGCUGAUGUUUGGGGGAAGUGAGGUCAGUGGGUCCUCAUCAUCUGAUGGGAGUUGCAGCCAAAUCAGCUAUGAGAGAUCAAAAAUUGCAGACCAUAAUGUCAAGCAAGAACCUGCAGCAGAUCAUCAACUCCUGGGAAAAUACACUUUCCAAGGCGAUCCUCAUCCUCAUCAUCAUCAUCAGAUCAUUUCUUCAACCAAUGCUGGGUUCCAAGACGAUAAUAACCAGAUUCAAGGCCACAUGUUCUUUCUUGACUAUGGAGGUCUGAGCAACGGGGCCCCACAAGUUGCGAAUAAUACCACUGCUACUGCUACUCAGCAGUUGCAAUAUGAUCUUGAAGUUGUUAGGGAGUUGGUUAGCAGUAGCAGCAGCAAUGGGCACGGGCACGACAACCAUAACAACAACAAUAACAACAACAACGACUUCUUGCUCUUCAAUUAUGAAAACAAGACAGAUGAUCAGAAGGGGAUGUAUUUCUACUAAUCACAAGUAGAAAUCAUAAUGAUUUGAAGCCGAGGGGAACUAGCUAGGGAUUAGUAUGAAUGUAUGUAUGUAUGACAGAUUAAUUAAUUCCCAUUUUAGAUGAGAAGAAAGUUAAUUAAUUAGAGACCAGAGCUUCAUUUUCUGAGUUUUUAGUUGUUGUACUGUGUAAUAUAGUCUAGCUAUGGAUGAUGGGAACUUUAAUUAUUCAAUCAAAAUAUUUCUUCUCUUCUAAA